ACAAGUGCCAUGGCUGUGUUUAAGCAGCAGAAAGUGGAGGACUUCUAUGAGAUUGGAGAGGAGCUGGGGAGUGGGCAGUUUGCUAUUGUGAAGCAGUGUCGAGAGAAGAGCUCAGGACGUGAGUUUGCAGCUAAAUUCAUUAAAAAGCGUCAGAGCAGCGCCAGUCGUCGUGGAGUCCUUCGUGAGGAGAUUGAGCGAGAGGUGAACAUUUUGCAGCAGAUCUGCCACCCAAAUAUUGUUAUGCUGCAUGAUGUCUACGAGAACCGCACAGAUGUGGUGCUGAUUCUGGAGCUGGUGUCUGGAGGAGAACUCUUUGAUUUCCUGGCUCAGAAGGAGUCUCUGAGUGAGGAGGAGGCCACUCAGUUCAUUAAGCAGAUCCUGGAAGGAGUUCACUACCUACACACACGCAACAUUGCUCAUUUUGACCUGAAGCCUGAAAACAUCAUGCUAUUAGAUAAGAAUGUUCCUUUGCCUCGGAUCAAACUAAUUGAUUUUGGACUUGCCCACAAAAUUACGGAGGGUUCAGAAUUUAAAAACAUCUUUGGUACACCUGAGUUUGUUGCUCCGGAGAUUGUGAAUUAUGAGCCCUUGGGCCUGGAGGCAGAUAUGUGGAGUGUAGGAGUGAUCACAUAUAUCCUACUUAGUGGAGCAUCUCCAUUCCUUGGAGAGACUAAGCAGGACACCUUGGGGAACAUCUCAGCGAUGAACUACGAGUUUGACGAUGAGUUUUUCUCCCAAACCAGCGAGCUUGCCAAGAGCUUCAUCAGACAGCUGCUGCAGAAGGACACUAAAAAGAGACUUACAAUUCAGGAUGCUCUAAAUCACCCUUGGAUCAAGUCAAAUGAACAUAAGGAAGAGCGUAAAGUUCCAGAAAGAAAGAGAGAACGUCGACAGCUGAAGACCAAACGUUUGAAAGAAUACACAAUCAAAUCACACUCCAGCAUGCCUCCCAACAACACCUACGUCAACUUUGAGCGUUUUGCCCAGGUGGUGGAGGACAUCUCUGUCAUGGAAGGCACAUUUGGCAAGCUGGCUGCAUCCCAUGAUGCACUGCAGGAGGAUAUUGAUGCACUGGUGUCCAUCUACAAUGAAAAAGAGUCUUGGUACAAAGAGGAGAGCGAGAGCAUCAGACACGAGCUGUCCCAGAUACGUUACGAGUUCCGGAAGGUGGAGGCGUUAAGGCGUGGGGUGCAGGAGGACAUGAGGGCAGUGGAUAUGAGUGUGAGCAGCUUGGCUGAGCGUUACCAGGAGCGUCACAUGCAUUUUGAGGCAUUACAGAAGGACUUAUGCUCUGAGCUGCAGUGGGUUCAGGAGGUUGUGGGAUCCUUCCAAGGUGCUGGAGGCAACAGGGCAUUUACAAAUUGUAGCUUUAGCAGUGUGUUUAACUCAGACGUGAACGAGGCACUGAAAGAAUUGCUGAAUAGGUCAUGUGGAGGAGAUUUACUAACAGGCAUUAACUUGGACCAGCAGAGAUAACACAUUCAGACCAGCAACGCAACAGACAUCCUAAACACAUCCUUAGACACAUCCUGACCUGCACUAAGACAAGCUAAUACUUGGCAUGCAGUGAAAGGGAUGGAUGUGCAUUUUCAAAUAUAAUCCACAAGGGGGCGCGUUGGACAGUCAUUAUUAACAAAUAUUUUGUCUAGUGCUCUUCAGACCACGCUACCUUUGCAGCAAAAAGAGAUAUGAAUCAUAACAUCACUUAUGCAUUUUAAAUGUAAUAGCCAAGUUAUAGAUGAGGAG